UUCAGUUUCUUAUGCGUGGCUUAUCUACAACAGAUUACUGGUGUUAACUCUAUUUGUAUUAAAAUGGUAACAAUAGUGGAAGUGUUUAUUUCCGUAAUAAUAGGAAGCUUGUUAAUACUGUAUUAUCGUCUGAAGAACAAAAACAAUGAUUUUUACAAAAAUUUUCCUGGACCUCCUCCAUUGCCAAUAUUUGGCAAUACGUUGGAAUUUAAAUCUACAACAGAGAUUCUAGAUAUUUUUAUGAAGCACACUAAAAAUUACGGAGGAAUAGUCAAAUUCGACACUGGUCCAUUAGACAAAUCAUUAUUGGUUUCUGAUUAUGACUUUCUUGAAUGUGUCCUGAGUUCCACGCGGCUUCUCAACAAGAGUGAUGAUUAUAACUUUUUAGAACCGUGGUUAGGCACGGGUUUAUUAACUAGUAAAGGACCCAAAUGGAGAAAACAUAGACGAAUCUUAACCCCCGCAUUUCAUUUUAAAAUUUUGGAACAGUUUAUAGAUGUGUUUGAAUCGGGUAGCGAGAAGCUGGUUACAAAAUUAGAAAAGGAAGUUGGUAAAAGUAGUGUUGAUAUUUAUCCACUUGUUACUCUUUGUACUCUGGAUAUAAUUUGUGAAACCGCAAUGGGAACUAAGAUCAAUGCUCAACAGAAUGAUGAAUCCGAUUAUGUGCGAAGCGUCAAAGCAAUGUGCAGAAUAAUUAUUGAGAAAUCAUUUUCGUUAAUUCAGAUGUGUAAACUUACUUAUCCAUUAAGCCAAAAUUAUUACACAGAAAAAGAUUCCAUUAAUAUUUUGCACCGCCACACAAACAGUGUGAUAACUAGCAGACGUAACGAACUAAAAGAUCAAUCUAAUGAUGAAAAAGACGAAGAUAACAUUGGAAUUAAACGUAAACUAGCCUUUCUUGAUUUGUUACUAGGCGCUACAGUUGACGGAAGACCACUUACUCAAGAAGAGAUAAGGGAGGAAGUCGAUACAUUCAUGUUUGAGGGCCAUGAUACGACGGCUUCGGCAAUAAGUUUUUCACUGUUUUGUUUAGCAAAUCAUCCUGAAGUUCAAUCCAAAGUUUUGAACGAACAAAUAGAUUUGUUUGGAGAAAACUUACAUGUUUCUCCAACUCACGCAGACUUGCAGGGUAUGAGAUAUUUGGAACAGGUAAUUAAAGAAGCUAUGAGAAUGUACACAACUGUACCUUUCUAUGGAAGAAAAACAAAUGAACCUGUUGAAUAUAAGGGCAUAAUAAUUCCCAAAGAUGUAACCAUAAAUAUAUUUGCUUACGGGAUUCAUAGGAACCCUAUGUAUUUUCCAGAGCCUGAAAAAUUUAAUCCAAGCCGAUUUGACGAUAUCGAUGGUAAAAAACCAUACGCGUUCAUACCGUUCAGCGCGGGACCUAGGAACUGCAUUGGUCAGAAGUUUGCUAUGCUUGAAAUGAAGAGUACAAUCUCCAAAAUCAUAAGAAAAUUUGAGUUAAAACCAGCAACACCGACUCACGUUUUAAAAUUGGCCGCUGAAACAGUCUUAAAAUCGGCCAACGGAAUUAAAAUUAGUGUAGCAUUAAGAAAAUAAAUUUGAAAAUAUUAAAUAA